AUGACCAAAACAAUCAAAAAUUUAUGUAUCCUUCUUGUUAUUUCGUCGGCAACAGCAAAUAUGACCCUACAAGAAAAACAAAUAGAAAAUGCUUUAUCUGAAAUUGUGGGCGAUCAACCACCCCACGAUCUUACCUUAAAUCAUAAGGAAGAGUCUCUUUACGACAUGCUUGUUGCCAGUGUUAGAGCAGGUAGAGAGAGUCACUUUGAGCUUGAUCAACUGGAUGUGCAUACUGAGACAAAUCAAUCUGGACACGAUCACCACAUUCAUAAUAAUGAGGAGCAUAAACAUCAUAAUAUGAGGAGUCAUGAUCAUCACACCAUGAAGAUGUGGUUUCAUUGGGGGUUCGAUGAAGUUGUGCUUUUUGAUUUCUGGAGAAUUGAUGAUAAAAAUGGAAUGGUUCUUUCGUGUUUACUAAUUUUCGUCAUGGGUGCAGUUUAUGAAGGAUGGAAGAGCUUUGAGGGAAGAUUUCAAGGAUAAUAAUGCUAGCUCACCACUGGUGAACCACUCGAGAAGUACCACCCCAGAAGUUAGACAUCCCGGGCCAUUGUCAGUUGUGCGGUUGACUCAAGCUGUGCUCUACAUUGUUCAGCUGGUCUUUGCAUACUGGUUGAUGCUGAUUGUUAUGACAUACAAUAUUUGGCUCACGCUCGCGGUAAUUCUCGGAGCAGGAUUUGGGCACUGGAUUUUUGCAGUUCUUCAUUUUGCCAACCCAAAUGGAGAAGCUGCAGAUUCCAUUGCUACUGAUGCUUGUCAUUGA